AGAGCUGAGCUCUCGCUUAAAGGGACGGUCCUCUCUUCUGCUCGCAGCCAGCGCUGACAACUCAAUCCCCCCCCACCCCCCAUCCGAUCCGCUGCAGCGGUUGGAAGUUUACAAAGCAGAUUCCCGGGAGGGCUGAGAAGAAAAAAGGGGUGCAACCCGAUUCCUGCCGUGUGUGUGCCCCCCCAUCUGAGCUCCCUCUGCCCCUGGACUCCUCGCUUGGGUGUGCAGCCUAGGCACACUCAGGUGGCACAUCUGGAGUAUGGCCGGAGAGUUGGCCAUUGCAGCAGAGUUGCCAAGCAGCCCCCUUGCCAUGGAGUAUGUCAACGACUUUGAUUUGAUGAAAUUUGACGUGAAGAAGGAGCCGCUGAACGGGAGAGCCGACCGCACCGUCAGACAUUGCAACCGCCUGCAGCCCUCCGGUUCCGUGUCCUCCACCCCGAUCAGCACCCCGUGCAGCUCCGUGCCCUCCUCGCCCAGCUUCAGCCCCACCGAGCAGAAGAGCCACCUGGAAGAACUGUACUGGAUGCCAGCCACUUACCAACAGAUGAACCCCGAAACCCUCAACCUCACCCCCGAGGACGCUGUAGAAGCCCUGAUCGGACCUCACCAGAUGCCACCACAGCUCCAGGGAUAUGAGGGCUUCAGGGGUCACCAUCACCACCACCACCAAAACAACCACCACCACCAAAACCACCACCAGUACCAAGGUUUGCCCCACGAGGAAAUGCCUCUCCCCCACCAGCACCCUCACCACCACCAUCACCACCACCACCACCAGCUACCUUCACCCAGCGACACCGGCGAUUCCACCCCAAGCCAACAACUCCAGAACAGCCACCAUUCCAACAGCCAGGUAGAAGAUCGGUUCUCCGACGACCAGCUGGUGUCCAUGUCGGUGCGGGAGCUGAACCGACACCUGAGGGGCUUCACAAAGGACGAUGUCAUCCGCCUGAAACAGAAGAGGAGAACCCUAAAAAACCGAGGCUAUGCCCAGUCGUGCCGGUACAAGAGGGUGCAACAGAAGCACCACCUGGAGAACGAGAAGACCCAACUCAUCCAGCAAGUGGAGCAACUGAAGCUGGAGGUCAACCGGCUGGCCAGAGAGAGAGAUGCCUACAAAAUGAAGUGCGAGAAACUCACCAACAGCAGCUUUAGGGAGGCCGGCUCCACCAGUGACAACCCUUCAUCUCCAGAAUUCUUCAUGUGAGUCUCCCAUCAUCUCCAUCCAGAACAAGAGACAAGAGAGGGGGGUGCUUCCUGGUCAACUGAGGACUUUCUGUAGACUAGUCUGCAGGGGGUGAUCUGGGUGCACAGCAGCUUUAGGGAGGCCAGCUCCACCAGUGACAACCCUUCAUCUCCAGAAUUCUUCAUGUGAGUCUCCAUCAUCUCCAUCCAAGAGACAAGAGAGGGGGGUGCUUCCUGGUCAACUGAGGACUUUCUGUAGACUAGUCUGCAGGGGGUGAUCUGGGUGCACAGCAGCUUUAGGGAGGCCGGCUCCACCAGUGACAACCCUUAAUCUCCAGAAUUCUUCACGUGAGUCUCCAUCAUCUCCAUUCAAAACAAGAGACAAGAGAGGGGGGUGCUUCCUGGUCAACUGAGGACUUUCUGUAGACUAGUCUGCAGGGGGUGAUCUGGGUGCACAGCAGCUAAUGUUACACUGGUGGAUGUUUUUCCUUUUUUUUCUUUUUUUUUCUGGGGUGGUUGGGAAGGAAAAAGGGGGAUUUGAACUCGUUUUAGGGGGUUAGUGGACUUUGGCUUUGACAGCAGUCAGGUUAGUGAACUUUGACUUCAUUUUUAUGAACUGUGUUGGACAAUAUCACUGCCACUUCAGAAGAAGAAAAGAGCGGACAUUAGAUGCAGCUUUUUUAUAUUUUCCACAGACAUUUACAUAGAAACCUAAAGAGAAAAAAAAACUGAACAGGUGGGACAUUCAGUGCACCCUACUCCCCCCCCUUUUUUGGUUUUAUUGCCUGCUUAUCUAGAAAAAAAUAUAAAAAAACGACAUUAAAUAUUAAUCCUGCAUGCUGGACAUGUAUGGUAAUACUCUCUAUUUUGUACCAUUAUCUUGUUUAAUCUGAGCAUGCUUUUUCCUUUUGGCUCAUCCCUUCAACUUUCAUUUGUUCUGUUGCUCUCUAUAGAUGUUUCUGUUUCAGUUCAGACCCCCCCCCCCCUCUAUCCUCCUAAAUGCUUAUUAACGUGUAAAUAUUAAGAAACUUUCCCAGUAUUUCAGGUAGCUCAUUUUAAUUUAGAGUAAGACGUUAUGGACAUUUUCUUUCAUUUUGCAAAGGAGAAAAAAAAAAAAGUUUUGUCCAUGUAGUGCAGUUCUCAUAUUGCCCCCCCCCCCUCUUUUUUUUUUUUUGUUACUUUAAUUAUGGUUUCUGUAUUGCAUUGGUGCCAUUGUAGUAGGUAGUUACUGCUAAAUACUAUUGUUGCCUCUUGUGAUAGUUCUGUAUUUGUUUGUGUGUGUUUGUCUGUUUAUACACACAUUCACACAUUUACAAACAUCAUGUUUCUUUUCUCCCAGUGACCCUUUUAGGCAUCAUCAGAGCCCCUCCAAAGCUUUUCUAAGGGGGCUUUUGUGAUCCUUUUGGGCAUCACCAGAGCCCCUCCAAAGCUUUGCUAAGGGGGCUCGUGUGAUCCUUUUGGGCAUCACCAGAGCCCCUCCACAGCUUUGCUAGGGGGGGCUCGUGUGAUCCUUUUGGGCAUCACUACAGCCCCUCCAAAGCUUUGCUAGGGGGGCUUGUGUUAUUCUUUUGGGCAUCACCAGAGCCCCUCCAAAGCUUUGCUAGGGGGGCUGGUGUUAUCCCUUUGGGCAUCACCAGAGCCCCUCCACAGCUUUGCUAGGGGGGCUUGUGUGAUCCUUUUGGCCAUCACCAGAGCCCCUCUACAGCUUUGCUAGGGGGGCUCGUGUGUUGCUUUUGGGCAUCACCAGAGCCCCUCCAAAGCUUUUCUAGGGGGGCUCGUGUGAUCCUUUUGGCUAUCACCGGAGCCCCUCUACAGCUUUACUAGGGGGGCUCGUGUUGUCCUUUUGGGCAUCACCAGAGCCCCUCCGCAGCUUUGCUAGGGGGCUCAUGUGAUCCUUUUGGGCAUUACCAGAGCCCCUCUACAGCUUUCCUAGAGGGGCUUGUGUUUUGCUUUUGGGCAUCACCAGAGCCCCUCCACAGCUUUCCUAGAGGGGCUUGUGUUUUGCUUUUGGGCAUCACCAGAGCCCCUCCACAGCUUUCCUAGGGAGGCUCAUGUAAUCCUUUUGGGUAUCACCAGAGCCCCUCCACAGCUUUCCUAGGGAGGCUCGUGUGUUAUGUUAUUUCCACAAUAAGUAGGAACUGGAUUACUGGCCCUUAACAUAAAACAAGUGGCAUCUGAGUUAAAUGUUUGCUGACACCAGGAUUGUGCAGAUCUGCAAUAACGUAUUCUCCGAGGACAAAAGCCGGGCUAUGUUGUGACAGCUUAAAUGGUGACUUAUAUAGAUACUAAAUGCUUCCCAUCAACUCUGCUACUAAGCGUUAUAUUCUUCUGUCGAUUUGCUACUACACCAGCUAGCAAAUUAAUUUAUUUCAUUUUUCUUGCCCCCCCCCCCCUUCUCCUGCUCAGUUAAUUUAUAUAUAUAUCUAUAUGUAGCAGUUAUUUGCAGCUGGUUGCUGUGCAGUUUCAUUUAUUUUCUGCAGGUCAGUAAAAGUAAAGUGAUGCUUUGGGAUCGCAGCAUACCAAAUUAAGAGAAACAUUUUUAUAUAUAUAUAUAUGUGUGUAUGAUUUUUUUUUUUUUUUUUUUGAUCUUUUGUUUUCCCAUUUUUUUGCACUGCUGGUGCAGAUGCAUUUUAAUUUUUUUUUUUUGUCUAUAAAUAAGUUAAUAGUAUAAAACAGGAUUACGUGGACAUCAAUAUGCUUGCAGUCUUGACAUAUAGAGGGUUUCUGUCAAUGUAUCAGCAGUUUUUUUUUUUUUUUCCUGAUUCAACUGUGUUGAAAUCAUGUCUCUGCAACAUGGUGUUUUUUAUUAUUUCAUGUCGAUUGUGAAGGGAUAAAAUUCAAACCCUGCUUACAAGACGAGCGUAACGUUCAAACCUGGUCUAUUGUAGUUUUUAUUCAGACUGGUUUCUGUUUUUUUUUUGUUAACAAAAUUGUUUCCUAUUUUGCUUAUUAAAAUCAUUGAAAUGGCG